GCUCGGCGUUGGCGGGGUGAGUGGAGACCCUGGAGCCAGCGAGGGGAAGAGAGCGCUGCGGGGCGUUGGGUCGCGACCCCUGCUGGGAGGGAAGAACGGCACUGACCCAGCACGGAUUGGGGACCCAGUCAGGCAGCCCAGAAAGAGGGAGAUUUUACAGACAGAUGUAAAGACCCACUAACAACAUGUGCGAACCUGUCUACAAGGCUGGGACAGGAUACGAGGUGCGAAGAAUUCAGUUUCAACAAAGUGGUGUAUUAAAAUAAGAUGCCAUCUCAAUAUUGGUUUAUGUUUACUUUCCACUGACCUUAUGGGUGAAGAUAUUCUUGACCAUUACUCCAUCUGAAUAUGUUCCAGCUCAUCUGAUGUUACAUCACCAGGUUAAGAGAUAUGGAGAUUUCCAUGAGGAUUUGGAGAGGAGUCCCAAUAGUUAUUAAAAUUCCGAACUACAUCUGUUAGGAAAGGUGACAUUUAAAGACACCAAUGAGGCAGAGUCAGCCAUGUGAACCCAUUGGGGAAGAAUGUUCCAAACAGAGGGAAUGGCAUGUACAAGGACCCUGAAGUAGGAAGUUGCUUGGUUGUAUUUGAGGAACCUCCAGGAUAUCAAUAUUAUUGCAGCUAAGUGGACAAAAAGAAGACUGGUAAGAGAUAGAUGGACUAUAAGGCAAUUGCCCAACAAACUGCCCAAGAAGUUUUAGGUUACAGUCAAGAUACAUCGGGCUGGAAAGUGGUUAAGAUUUCAAAAAAGGUAACUGUUUCCACCAAGACUUCUAGAAAAUUCCAAGGAAAUCUAUAUCGUGUUGAAGGGAUAAUUCCAGAACCAACAGCUAAACUAUCUGAUUUCCUCCACCAUCCUGGAAACAGAAUUUCUUGGGAUAAAUCAUUGAAGGUGCACAAUAUGAUACACAGGAUCGAUUCGGACACAUUUUUAUGUCAUACCAUUACACAAAGUUUUGCCAUGGGCUCAAUUUCCCCCCGAGACUUUGUUGACUUAGUAAAUAUCAAGCAUUAUGAAGGGAAUAUAUGCAUUAUCAGUGCUCAAAGUGUGGAUUUUCCAGGAUAUCCUCCGUCUUCAAAUUAUAUCCGUGGUUAUAACCAUCCUUGUGGCUUUGUAUGUUCACCUCUGAGUGAAAACCCAGAAUAUUCUAAACUAGUGACGUUUGUCCAGACAGAAAUGAGAGGAAAAUUGUCCCAAACAAUAAUUGAAAAAACCAUGCCUUCCAACUUAGUAAGUUUCAUCCUCAAUGCAAAAGAUGGAAUAAAGGCACAGAAAACUUCAAGACGUGGAUUUCAUCCUAAUACUCUGUCAUCAUUCCAAAAGAAGAAAUGAGAUUUUGCUGCUAUGAAAUCAUGUGCAGCAGUUAUUGCAGUUUACUUGUGAGUCAACAUGCAUAAAUACAGUUAAACUAUUCUAGACAGUACUCUUGUACAAAUUACUGAAGAUACUUUGUGAAAAUAAGAACUCAUAGUUGUACAAGAAAACAGCAUUAAAUAGUUUUUAAUCUCA